AUGGUUUCUAGGAAAAAACAGUCUAAAGCGAUAGUAAAUCCACCAGCUCAACAAGAUGUAAGACAACCAUCUCGGAGUUCUCCAACUAGGAAUGUACAAGCGAAACAGUUUCGUCCGUUGGAGUCUGGCGACGGAUGGAAGAAUCUAAUGGGCGAUGAAACCGAUAGCUCAGAGAACAACGAGAAUGAUUCGUCUCGUGGCAAUACAUCCCACUCGAGACCCAACUUUUCCUUCCUGCCUCUCGACAAGCAUUCCAGUCCGAUGCACCCCAAAACACCAGCACACCGGAUAGCGAGUAUGUCAACCGUACCAAACUCAGAUCUAGCUCGCCCCAGCAGCAGUUCUAGCAUGUCUACUCAAAGCUCCUUCAAUGAUGAUCAGACACCAAUUGCAAGCAGUAGCCGCUUACCACCGCCUAGUAACCAGAAACUAUCGCGAAAGCAGCAAACACCCCACAAAUUGAAAGCGUUAAAAGAGAUCAUUAAAUAUCAAGGCACAGUGGAAAAUCUCAUUCCAAAAUUGAGCUUUUCAAGGGUUAUACGGGAAAUUUUGGCGGAGUAUUCGCACCAACAUCUGCGAGUUACAGUGGAAAUGUUAAUAUGUUUGCAGGAAGCAGCAGAAGUGUAUGUGGUGCAGUUGCUAGAAGAUUCCUACCGGUGUACGACCCAUCGCGGGCGGGUGACAUUGAUCCCUAAAGACAUGCAAUUAGCUCUAAGACUUCGACGAGAUUAA